CGCGAUAAGAGGUACAGCGCCCAGAGAGCCCUUUACAGGUGGGUGGCCACUGAUAAGUGGAAUGGAAUCGUUGAAGCAGUUCUCGCGAGAUGUAGAGAGGCGGUAGCCGGUCCAGAGGGGCGGAGGCCCAGAGGUGGACCACGUGGGGGCUGGUGGAGCUGAAUCUCCGGCGGGCGUCCAGUUUAGGUCGAAGUUGGAGUUGGAACCGUGGAGAUGCGGAAGGAGACCCCUCCCUCCCUAGUGCCCCCGGCGGCCCGGGAGUGGAACCUUCCCCCCAAUGCGCCCGCGUGUAUGGAGCGUCAGUUGGAGGCUGCGCGGUACCGGUCAGAUGGGGCGCUUCUGCUCGGGGCUUCCAGCCUGAGUGGCCGCUGCUGGGCUGGCUCCCUCUGGCUUUUCAAGGACCCUUGCGCCGCCCCCAACGAAGGCUUCUGCUCCGCUGGAGUCCAAACGGAGGCUGGAGUGGCUGACCUCACUUGGGUAGGGGACAGAGGUAUCCUGGUGGCUUCUGAUUCAGGUGCUGUUGAAUUGUGGGAGCUGGAUGAGAAUGAGACACUCAUUGUCAGCAAGUUCUGCAAGUAUGAGCACGAUGACAUCGUGUCUUCAGUCAGUGUCCUGAGCUCUGGCACACAAGCUGUCAGUGGUAGCAAAGACUUCUGCAUCAAGGUUUGGGACCUUGCUCAGCAGAUGGUUCUGAAUUCAUACCGAGCUCACUCUGGGCAGGUCACCUGUGUUGCUGCCUCUCCCCACAAAGACUCCGUGUUUCUCUCCUGCAGUGAGGACAAUAGAAUUUUACUUUGGGAUACUCGCUGUCCCAAGCCAGCGUCACAGAUAGGCUACAGGGCCUCUGGCUACCUGCCUACCUCGCUGGCUUGGCAUCCUCAGCGGAGUGAAGUCUUUGUCUUUGGCGAUGAGAAUGGGACCGUCUCCCUUGUGGACACCAAGAGUGCAAGCUGUGCCCUCAGCGCAACUGUGCACUCCCAGAGUGUCACCGGGCUGGUGUUCUCUCCACACAGCACUCCCUUCCUGGCUUCUGUGAGUGAAGACUGCUCCCUCGCCGUGCUGGACUCGGGCCUCUCCAAGGUGUUUAGAAGCCGAGCCCACAGAGACUUUGUGAGAGAUGCUACCUGGUCACCGCUCAAUCACUCCCUUCUUACGACAGUGGGCUGGGACCAUCAGGUCGUCCACCACAUCUUGCCCACAGAACCUUUCCCAGAGCCUGGACUUAAGAGUGCUGCCGAGUAGACUGGAUUUAAGACAAGCAAAUCCCCCAUGAGUAUCUGCUCCCUCUGCCCCUGCCCACUCAGUUUGUGAGACAACACAGGAGCCUUAUAUAGUGUGUUGACACACCAGAUCUGUUAAUAGGCAUUGUCUCUCAGCCUGGGGGAGGCUGGAUCUGGGGUCCUGUAGUCACAGAGAAGAAAAACUUCCUUGAAGAUGGACGUGUGUGUAUGUGUCUGAGUGUAUGUGUAGAUAACAUAAUUUUUUUAGCAGAGAUGAAUAAAAAAAAAUGCAUCCCGCAUCUUCCCCAAGAUCUAACCCCCCUCCCCCCACAAGAAGUUGGCAGAAGGUUUUUAUGCCUCCCAUGUAGCUAUGCUUGAGGAAUUGACUGUGUCUUGGUAAGGUCUGGGCUGUGGGCAUUGCUGGAUUCUUGGAAGCAGCUCGUGACUCGUCAUAGAGAUAGGAGCACCUUUAUUUUUUUAAUAGAGCUUGAUUCGCCUUUGUCAUGGGCAGUGCUUCCAUUCACAGAAGUCCGGCCCAGCUCACCUUGAGGAAGAGCCAGGACACUUAACAUGGUUUUGCACAUCUCUUUGCCAUUAGACUGAGCCGAAGUCCAGUUGCUGGCUGAGUAAGAAGUGUGUGAUGCCCACCCCCCGUGAAGUUGUGUAUAUGAGAGAUGAGUGUAUUUCUGUCAUAGAUGCCAUGGGAAAAAGUUUCAGGAAGGUGGAGAGCUUAAAGGCACUUCAGUUAAAAACUGACACAGACUUUCAUAGGAAUGUCUGCCACUUUCCCACCUGAAAACAGCCUGGGGCCUGACCUUUUUUGCCUCUGGGUCCCUGCCUCUGGAUCUAGGAAGCCUGAAUGUUAUUUUGGGGAACUCUGAAGAUUUUAAAUGCAGCAAGAGAGAGAGAGAAUCGGAAAUACUGGUCAGUGAAAUAAAAAGUUGAUUCAUUGUUGGCCUGUC